CAUAAUACUCCCCGUCUCAAGCAUCACAAUAAGCAAUACCCCUCUCUCUCGAUAUCAAAAUCAAAUAGAUACUCCCCCCAUCUCUCUCUCCUUUCCGCUCUCGCCAGAUUGUGCUCUAAUUGAGGUGCGCUCGCUUCUUCUUCUGUUCUGGAAAAUGAAAACACUUCGACGUCUCACAAAGUCUAAGCCUCCCGUCAAGAACGAUCAAGGAGGCCGACAUGUUCACCAAGCAAAGAUUAAAUCAAAGCUGCCAUUGUCGAGUUUGAUUGCUAGAUUAAUGAGGUUUGAUGGAUUGAGAUUGCAGCGGCCAAUUCAUAGCCAAUGUAAUAGCUUUAUGGACCAAAAUAUACCGAGGUUUUCACCCGUAGCAUUACAAGUAGACAAUCACUUGCUUGACAGCGGCUCACAUAAGAAAAGGUUCAGUGACCACCCAGAGUGCAAAGACAUGUAUGAAGACAAAGCUGGGAAGUCGGGAAAUGAGAAUGGCAUCUUGAGUCGAUGUUCUACUUUUGCCAGUACUCAAAAUUAUCCCAAGCAGUCAAAAAUUGGCGGGGAGGAGCAAAAGGGUACUGAUAAAGGAACUCUGAGGAUUGUACUUCUCCAACCAAAUUAUGCAAUGGAAGGGGAUGUACGUAGCUCUUUAUCAUUACACGAUCCUUCACGUGCUAAUAUUUUUGGCAGUCGGGAAUCACAAUCUAAAGAAGCUGCCAAAAGGUUCAAUGGAGAAUUGCAAGAGGUGUUCAGUCGCAUGAGAACUGACUUUCCAUCUUAUGUUAAAGAGAUACCUGGGACAGGGGGCCUUCAUGACUUCUCUGGAAUUGAGUCAGCAAGUGAUUCAGAAGUAAUAAAAAUAACAUCCUCUACUCAACAGAAUCGUUUAUUAGCUGGCAGGCAAAGAAGAUACUGUUGAAUAGGUGGAGAAGGGCUCAGAGGUAUCAACAUGCGAGAAAUAUAGUCCUUUGGGUAUUAGCAGUGCAGAUGGAUGGAAGGACAAGUAAUCAAAAGUAAACCAAGAUCAAGAUCACUUCCUCCUCGUGGUACCAGAAAUGAGAAACCAAAUGCAAAACGCCAAUACCACACUGAUGACAAGUUGCUAAUGUCUAAAGAGGCCAGAUAUCUGAGUCAAAGUGAUGGAGUGCAUGGAAAUUUGACUGAGAAAGAAGAAUUUUCAUCCAAAACUUCAAGAUCCAGCAAGAGAAAAUCACAGUCUCGGCACAGACGUGCCUCUGAGAAUUCCGACCAUAUUAAUCGUGACGAUUUAGACCUUGUACAGAAAGAUUCUCCAGAAGAAAAGCCUAUAGUUCUGUAGUAUUAGCCUGCAACAUACAAAGCUUUUUUCUUUGGUUUGAACCACUUGUAUACAGAUAUUCCAAUAUCCCUAUGACCCUAUCCCUUACUUGUAACAGUCCCGGAUUUAAACAUUUACUAACU